GGCCCUGAAAAGCAGUCCUCCCCAUUGCCCUCGCAGCAUAAGUCCAGGCUUGCACCGUCUUUCCUCCUCCCACCAGGAGGCCUGCCUACAACACCACCCAGCUUCUUGACUUUACUUUACAGGUCUCUCUCAUCCAUCCUCGGCCCUGCUAUUCAACACGGAUCGUUUCUUAUCCACCCGAGGCAGAACGACAAAGACGACAACUUUGUCUGAUACAAGCCUCUCGUUUGUUCCCGGGGCUCAGACUGACCCUUGUCAUCGCCAUGUCCAUCCUCGGCAAGAUCAAGCUCGGCAAGAGCCAGUCCAAGGAGAAGAAGGAGCAAGAAGCACAGAAGGCCAAAGACGAGGCACAAAAGCCCAAGUAUGUUCACGUACCGAGCCAUGCGGCUGCUGAUGCAAUGACGGGUGCUCCUCCUUGCUGGGCCGCCGAAGACCGGCCACGCAUCCUGGCCGCCAACCAGCAGCGCAUCUCGAGAGACGCAAGCCGCCUCAGCUUGCCCUCGAUCCCUCGUGUUCAAAGCUCCCUAUCAUACGUCACAUAUCCAGCAAGCGAGGCAAGCCCAGUUGUGGCAUUGCAAAAGAACUAUAGCUACAGCAGCAUGCCUGGCACUUCCGCUUGGGCAAGCCGGGCACCCUCCCUGGUCGAGUCCCGACACAGAGCACGUUACCCCGGAAGCAGUGGACAGGACGUCGUUCCUCCCAUGCCGAGGCGUAAGCACAACAGAACACUGUCUGGCCCCUCAAGUCUGUAUGGGCGAGGCACUUCUGCAAAUACUAGUGUGGCAAGUGUCGAGUCUGGGCUUGAGAUGUGGUCGAGGAAGCAAGCUCCUGUGCUUCUCCCAGCCACUAGAGGCAUCUCUGACCUGAGCGCUUCCGGAGCGUCUCAGUCUCGGCCAACCAUGGCUCGACGCAGCACAACCGACACGAGAUCGACCACACGCAGCGCUCGCCGAGUGAGCCCGUUGAACCCCGCGGCCCUUAUGGCCAAAUCUGUCGAGCCUCCUCUUGCAACCGGCUCUUCCCAAGCAACGACGUCCAACUCAUCAUUCACUUCAGAAUCGCCAUCAGAGCGCUCAGAAGAAGCCAUUGAUUCCACGGCACCAAGCUCCAUCGCGAGAACCCCAGAUUUGGCCACAACCAGGAAGGAGUAUGAGCCACCAACGGGCACCAAGCUGGCGGAGGCUCUCUCCGAUGAGAAGACUGCACUGGAGGAGUCGGCCCCCCGCCACACUCGUGCAGCCUUCUGGAAGAACAAGAAGCAUUCUGCCGAUGCAAGCCGUGGUCGUGACGAGACAUCGCCGAAAGAUGUGAGCGUCUCUCGGAAGCCCGAGAUUGCGACAGCUUCGAAGCACGCAAUGUCGGCAAAAGAUACCGAGGUGACUGAGCUGCCGACCAAGGAGUACAAGGCGGCCAAUGGAGCAAAGAAGUCGAAUGCUCGUGAACAGCGCAAUGCUGAAGGCAAGAAGAAGCGUUGGGCCUGGUUCAACAAAGACACAGCAGUUGUGUCGGCUUAAUGACAAGACAGUAAGCAUCGCAGGGCUGACUUUCCACAUUGGUGUGCAUCACUUGUAGCAUUUUCCCUUUGUUCACGCUUUGUUUCGUCGUCUCUUGGAAGUCGGGAAUGUUUCCAGAAGGGCAUGUCGAUAAUCUGACCGAUGCAUUCCCAUGGGUUUUGCUUAGAAGCCAGGAGUUUGAGGAGUUCGUACCAUUGGUUAUUGCUACACUCACAAGCGUCGUCAUGGGACAUAAAAGAUGAUAGCACAAUGCCUUCGAGCUAUAGAAAAGUGGUUAUUCUAUAUUCUCGUGAUUUCAUGUAUGCGGUGUAUUCUGAACAAGGCUGUUCUGUGAAUUGUUGUUCCAGCGGUUGAG